CUCGCCGCUCCUUUACUCUUCUAUUAGUCUUCGAAGACUUAAAUGGCGGAGAUGUAACGAGCAGACAUGCGAUGGACAAUGGGCCUCUUUGAAAGAGAUCGGCGAGUGACACUUGUCAACAUAAAAGUCUCGUGAUGUCACAAUCAAUAGCAGGCAACAGCGACUCUGACAAACCAACGACACGAAUGAGGUGUACACGAAUCCCCCACUUCUUUUGCCACGGAUGACCUCCCCGUGGUCGCGUUCGAACAGCUUCGCAGGGAUAAAUGUACACUUGACGUCGUCCACGAGGCUUUUAGCGUCGGCAGAACGACACCGUCACCCGUGUUAGUCGUGCUCGAUCGGUGGAACGGAAUUUUAUACGACGACGACGACGACGAGUCGUUGAGUGUAUUCGCGACUAAUUUGUAAUCAAGAAUCGUACAUCAUUGUUAUCAAAAAUUGAAAUCAAUUUUUAAGACACAUGGAGUUUGCCUUUAGUCGGACCAACGAGCUGUCGGACUACUUCAGCGGAAGUUCUAUAAAAUGGACACUCGUGCUAUACCUGGUAUCAGCAGUUUUUGGUCAAUUGGAUUUGCCACCGUAUACGAACGACAAUGUUAACCAACGACGACUUCCUUUCAAUGAAGUGGAUUACCAGAAUAUCUUAGCUAGAUUAGAUUUCCUCGGAGCUGAAAGAUGCAGUGCCAACGUGGCAGCUCAGUGGGCGUACGAAACUAAUGUCAACGAAUAUACGCAGCUACAAGCGCUGGAAGCGCAACGAGCCUACGCGGAUUUCCAAUACCAAGCGUGGCUUCUGACCUCCAAGAUCGAUUUGUUUACCAUUCAAGAUCCUAUAAUCAGACGACGGAUCCGUUAUUUGUCUGUCGUGGGUCCUUCAGCAUUGCCACCUGAUCAACUAGACAGAUACAAUCGACUGAUCAACGACAUGCUCGCGGUUUAUAAUGGAGCGACGAUAUGUGGUUACAACGAUCCUUUCCGGUGUGGACUGCGUCUAUAUCCAGACAUAUCACAAAUCAUGGCAAAGAGUCGAGAUUGGGAUGAGCUUCAAUAUGUCUGGACAGAAUGGCGCAGACGGAGUGGCACACCAAUUAAGGAUCUGUAUCAACAACUUGUUACAUUAAACAAUGAUGCCGCAAGAUUGAAUAACUUUACCGAUGCCGCCGAAUACUGGAUGUUCCCUUACGAGUCUCCUAAUUUCCAGCAAGAUAUCGAUGAGGCCUGGGAAACGAUACGUCCCCUUUAUGAAGAACUGCACGCAUAUGUUCGCAGAAAAUUAAGAGAACUCUACGGUCCCGAAAGAAUCGGUGGACACACGUCUCUUCCGUCUCACAUUCUUGGCAAUAUUUGGGGACAAUCUUGGACUAAUCUUCUGGAUGUUACUUUACCGUAUCCUGGAAAAAUAUAUCCCGAUGUCACGCAGGAAAUGCAAGCUCAAGGCUAUACACCGAUUGAUAUGAUUCGAGUGGCUGAAGAAUUUUAUCUGUCCUUGAACCUGAGCGCUAUGCCACCGGAAUUUUGGGCCGGAAGUAUAAUCGCCGAUCCUGGCGAUCGACCGUUGAUUUGUCAAGCUUCUGCGUGGGAUUUUUGUAAUCGCUUAGAUUACAGGAUUAAAAUGUGUACAAAGGUGACAAUGAAGGAUUUGAUAACUUUGCAUCACGAGAUGGGACAUAUUCAAUAUUUCUUGCGAUAUAGCGGCUUACCACGCGAAUUUCGUGACGGUGCAAAUCCAGGAUUUCACGAGGCUGUCGGCGAGGCUGUCGCCUUGAGCGUCUCUACGCCGCGUCACCUUCAGACUCUCGGCUUGGCAAACAAAUUCAUCGACGAGCGCGCAGCGGAUAUCAAUUAUCUCUUUGCUUUGGCGAUGGAAAAGCUGGUGAUGCUGCCGUUCAGCAUCACGAUGGACAGGUGGCGAUGGGACGUUUUCCGCGGUUACAUCAACAGGGAGGAAUACAAUUGUCACUGGCACAGACUGAAGGAGCAAUACACGGGCACGAAACCGCCGGUUCUGAGAUCCGAGGAUGACUUUGAUCCAGGCGCGAAGUAUCACAUUCCAGCGAACAUCCCAUACAUCCGAAACUUCGUGGCCGGUGUUCUUCAGUUCCAAUUGUAUCGCUCAUUGUGCCAAGCUGCCGGACAGAGAUACGUCGACGAUCCAAGGAGACCGUUGCACAGGUGCGACUUUUACAGGAGUCCCGAAGCCGGCCGAAUCUUAGGACGAUUGAUGGAGAAAGGCUCGUCCGUGCCAUGGCAGGACACGCUUCGAGAGGCCACUGGCGAGUUUAGAUUGGACGGAGCUGCUCUCAGAGAAUAUUUCCGACCACUGGAGGAUUGGUUGAGAACCGAGAAUCUGAGAACUAGCGAAGUUGUCGGCUGGUCAUACGAUGGUGACUUUUGCAAAAGAAGUAUAGAGACCGCAGGCCUGCAAGUUUACGGUAGUGGCUUUUACAACAACGGUGCAUCUAUCUACGCAUCUUGGAUCACGACGGGAAUCAUGAUGAUACUUGGCACACUGUCGAUGUUCUAUCUAGUGCAAUAAUUCAUGUCGCUGACGCAUCAUUGUUAUCUGAUGAUGUACUAGGAAUGACGUUAACGUUAUUGCUCUGCCAAAAUAUAUACCAAAUCGCGCUAUUAAAUUCCUACAAAAAUACAGAACGAUAAUAGUCAAAUUAUAUCCAUCAGGUCUGUUCAUGGCAAAUCUAUACUCAUUACUACUGCCAAACAAAUAUCGAUGCUAACGGGCAUUGUUGUAUAGUGUACCUAUACUUUCUAUUACCGAAACAAUACGCAUUUCUUCCUAAAUAUAUUCGCACUGUUGUGAGUUUUACGAAGUAUUAGACGUAAUAAAUAAGAAUAUAUUAAAAAAUCGUGUACGUGAAAACAUGUUGUAUAUGUCGUGUGAGUGAUAAUAAUUAUCAUAAAUCAAUUUCUUUCUAAUUUUAUAUCUUUCUUUAUAUUUCAGCAGCUCAUAAUUUACACUUUUGAUGUAAGUUAUUAUUACUUCACCGUUGGUAAAUAAAAUAAAUAUAUGCCUUUGUUGUAAACUUUGUUGGUUGAAUUUUCUUCGAAGUGUUCGCGUAUUACGUCAUGAACGUUUUAUUUAUUCAUUUUUGUUUUUUUUUGUUUUUUUUUGCACAUCUGCGUGACUUCAAUCUUGUGAACGCCUCAAUUCUUUCGGGAUUACAAAAUCAAGGUUUAAUCUCGCGUGGGUCAGGCAUCCAAUAGCGCGCGCUACUUUUUUUUUCAAUAGUCGACACGCGAGCCUGUAUUUAUUUAUUUUUUUAUCUAAGCUAUCGCACAAAAGAAACUCGUUACCCGGAGACUUUAUUUUCGCAUCCGUUGUCGGAAGAGAGGGAGAUUGUUUUUUUAUUCGAUAGAGAAAGAAGAUUUCUCAAUGGAACGCGCCAAAGUUAUUCGACGACAAAAGCUACACUGAACAACUCCCUUAUCUUGCGUAAUUGUAAGCCGGCGAAAUCGUACCAGGUGAAAUCGUGCUUUUGCUGUCAAAUUACCAGCAAACUCAAUCGGACCGCGCGCUUUAUCCCUUGCCAUUUUAUUGCAUCCUUUACCGCCGCCAUUAGAUCGCUCGUAUUCUUUUUUAACAGCCAUUCUUCGCGUAUCAUACAAUGCCUUUCUAGUGGUUUCGACAUUAGCGGGUCGUUAAUGCGAAUACCAAUUUUCGAGCUAAUUAUAUACGUUUCUAUUGAUACACAUGCAAUUACACUUGUAAUUUCUUUGUUUGAUCAAAGUUUUCUUAUUUACAAAUUAUUAUGAAAAAUAUAAAUAUAUUUAUUUUCUAUUGCCUAACUUCUGCUCUUUAAUUGGUCUUAUGUAAUUCUUUGAGUUUAAUACUUUAGAAUCUAUUUCACAAUUAAUUUAAUUUUAUAUUUCUUAAUUCUGAUUUUUUUUUUUUUUUUUUUUUGCUGCAACGUGCGUCAACGCACGUAAGACUCAUAUAGCUUUCACAAGCGGUGACAAGAGAUUCCAUUAUUGUUUGCGAAGGCACGUCACUGAAACGUAAUUGCACAAAGGUGGUCUCGGUGGUGUCCAGAAACUGGUCCGCCCGCGUCUUGCGUAACGCGAAGACGCGGAAAUCGAAACCGCGGCGGGGGAAAAAGAAAUGUUUGCGCCAUCACAAUGUGCAACCUGGCAUUUUAUCGCACGCGACCGGAAAUAUUUCUGAUCUUAUCACUUUUCGGCGAGAGAGACACGUAAUCACCUUACGCACGUAUUCACCGCGACGACGAAAGUGGAAUAUUUGAUUGUAAUACCAAACGUAACCGUAAACUUGACGAUCCCACUUUACGUAUAACAACUGUAUUUCUUCAUUAUGUAAGUUUGCAAUGUGUUUUUGCAAUCAAGCAGCGUUUCUAAAUUCC